AUGAGCAGCAGCAGCAGCACGCCGUACGUGCAGAAGCUGGCCCUGCGGAAGGCCAAGCCGGCCGACUCGGUGGUGCAGCGGGUGCUGAGCGCCAAGGAGCAGCGCGCGCGGCAGCUGGAGAACGAGGUGGGCGCCCUGCGGAGGCAGCUGCACCAGCUGAGCACCGAAAACCGCCUGCUGCACGCGCAGAACAAGAGACACGCCGCCGCCCUGGGCCGCUUUCAGGACGUCGAGGCAGAGCUGCCGACGCUGCUGGCCGGACACGCGGACGAGGUGCGAGCUCUGCGCCAACGUUGCCAGCGCUUGGCCGUCGAGAGCCGCGAGCAGGCGCGCGAGCUGCGUACCAAGACGGCCGCCCUGCAGCUCGCCAGGGAGCAGGUGGCCCGACUGCGCGGAGUGCUUGAGGAUAAAGGCCUGGUCGAGCGACAGCUACUGCAGAAGCGGCUGGAAGAGGCCGAGGCGCGCGUCCGGGAGUUGGAGCAGCAGCUGACCGAGGUCAGCAGACGGCUCGAGCUCGAACAGCGUAGCAGCCGCCACCACCUGGCCAGGGAACAGCGUCGGACGCGUGAGGCUCAAGAGGAACUGAGUAAGGCCGAGCUGCGCAUCGGACAGCUCGAAUCCGACGUCCGCCGCACUCAGCGCACCAUGCCCACCGCCGCUGUUCUCUUCGCCAGACGCGGCCGUGCCGAAAAACCGGCGUCCAAGCCCGACUCAGACAGUGAAUUGCACCUCCCCUCCUCGUCCGACGGAAGCGAAGACGAUGAGGAGCUGGCCAGGCUGUACGAGCCAAAGCAGGUGGCGUCGCUGCAGGCACAGUGGGCCGUCGACUCUCGCACCUUCAGCCUCAGGCAGCCGUCAGUACCUCCGCCGCCGCCACAACAGCCGCCUCUGCAACCCAGCGGCUUUCUCCCUGAGCUGCGCGAGGAAGAGGCCAAACCCAGCGGCACUGGUGGCAGCGACGACUCUGACGGUGACAACUACACCAAGGAGGCGCUGCUCAAGGCCCUCGAAGAGAUCGACCGGCAGAACCUCGUCGCUACCAAGGCAGAAUCAGUUUUUGCUGCAAGCAAUGGACACGCGUUAGGUGUCAGAGACUAA